GCCCAGGUGAGUGUCUCCCCGCCCCGGGGGCAGAGCCAGCCCCAGCCCCAGCCCCAGCCAGGUGCGUUCAGGCUCGGAGCUCCACGGGAGCCAGAGCAGCACACGGAACAUGCGGGGCUGAACAGCUGGAGCAGCGAGGGAUGGAGCUGGAAGGCGUGACUGAUUUCAAAGCCCUCCGAGCAAAAUUUCAGAAUGACUCCAACUUGGCCACCAAGCUGGGGCAGAAACCUCCCACAGAGAUGGCCCCCAAGCCUGGCUCUGCAGGGAACACCACCUCCAGCCCCCUGCCCCUGACUAAGAGAGAGGUGAAGGUGUCCAAGGCUGCCCAUCCCACCUCCCAGCCCCCUGUGCUCGCCCAGCACGACCCCUUGGCCCGGCCUCGGGGUUCCAGGGAGCGGAAGGGGCACAGCAAAGAGCACGAGGGCAGCACCUCGGGGAAAGGGCUGAGUCCUCCCAAGAGCAGCUCAGAAAAGCCUCUGCUGUCCUGUGGCACUGAGCAGCAAGGAUCAAGCCAAACAACUCCAGAGGACCCUCAGCUCCCGGAUUCUUUCCAGCACGUCCUACAGAUCUGGGAAGAGACUUUAUCCCGCAAGGAGAAAACCAGCCCAAGAGUCCCAACCCAGCGGGCAGCAAACUCAGCUCCUGCUGUGCCAGGCAGUGAUGGGAUGCCAGGCUCUGGAAGCUCCCCUGUGCUGGCCUGGCGUGCCCAGAGGAAGGAUGCUCUGCAUGGCAGUGGGAUAGCUCUUCCUCGGGCUGCCAGAGGACACAGCAGCUCUGAUGGAGCAGGUGCUGAGGGUGUGGUGGCAUCUGCGUGCUGCCAGCCGGGUUAUCGCGCACCAGGACAGCCACCUCAGCUCCAGAAAGAAUCAGAACCUCCCUUCUGCCAGCCUGGAGCAGGAAAAUGGUCUUACAGCCCUGGGAGCAAGUGGCCAAGGAUUAAACCUCUCCCCUCAGCUGAAUCCCUGGGUCCUGCCCCUGGAAAGCCUCCAAGACCCCCAAAGGUUGAUCUCAGUGCUUUCCAAAGCAGAGUGCCUUUGGUCCACAGAGGAAAUGAAACAACUGCUGGAGAGGAGGACUACCUGACCCCUGAAAGUGCUCAGCUUGAAGAGCAGAAUAAUUAUGAAGAAACCCCGAUGUACCUGAAUCAGUCUGGGGACACCACAACCUUGUGUGUCAUUGAAGUACCCAAGGCAGAGCCUCAAAAACACAGGAAACAGAAGAUUUUUCCCUUUGCCAAAUCCAGCCCAGAAAGAGCUCUAAUAGAGGAUGAAAAAGAGGGAAAACCAAGUCAUGAAAGAACGAAACUGGAAGAGAACAACAUUUUCAAGACAGGUGGAGGUGAGUACAUGACUCCCAGCAGCCAUGCCAGGGCAGAUGGCAGAGGUGGGCUGAAGGUUCUGCAAGGGAAGCAGGAUGUGACCAGUCCCCAAAUUGCAACGUAUCCAACCCCACGAGGGCUGGCAAAAGGCAGAGCAGAGCACUGGCACAGCGUGGCUGUUGGUGCUCCAAAGCCAGAAGGACCAGCCUUGGACCAAAACCCUUGGCAGCCUCUGCAGGCACCAGAGGACAUCUAUGAUGACGUUGAGGAGCUGCAGGACAGGCUCAGCCACGGCUCAGAUGCCUCAAGUUCCUUCACUUCAGACAGCAUUUCAGGAAACAGCUACGAGGAAACAUAUGAAGAUAUUGAGAUUGGGGGUGAUAACCCAGCAAAACCAGAAACAGAAAAACAAAAGAGAUUUGGAAACCUGUUUAAGAUAGAAAAGUUGAAGCUGAACCAAUUCAGGCUCAAGGACAGCCUAAGACUGGUUUCCAUUUCAGUACCAAAUUUAGCUGUCUCCCAGGAGGAAAACGUGUACGAUGAUGUCGAGGUGGGGCAGGCAGAGACCAGAGGGAAGGAUGAGAAGUACAAAAUCCGCAUGCCAAAGCUUCGGGUGAUGAGAGAGUUCAAGGACAAAAGGAAAAGCGUCGACGACGUGGAAAGAAAUAUCUUCAAAUUCAAGAAGAGCAGUGAAGAAAAGGGCAAGAAGAUGGACAAAGAAGAGCAACUCUUUAGAGAGACAUUCAUGUACCACAAGGAGAUCCGUGUGCUGGCCAGGGCCAGCGCUGGCCGCUCGGUGGCCAGCCAGCGGCGCGCUGACCUCCCGCUCACAGCUGGAGAACAGCUGGAUGUCAUCGAGGCCGUGCAGGGCCACGCCGUCAUCUGCCGCAACGCCCAGGGCAGAUAUGGGUACGUUCUGCUGGAGCACUUGAACUUCAGACAGUACUAACUGCCCUGAGAGCUGCUCUCCCCUGGAGCAUCCCUGAAGGUCUCUUUUGUGCUUCCUGCCUCCGUGACAGCCCACCUUGGUCAGCUCUGGGGUGGUGAUGGGAAUGUAAAUAAAGCUGGGUUUUUUUACACUGUUCAUGAGCAAGAGAUGUUUCCUUCUUUCUUUUUCUUUUCUUUUUUUUUUUUUUCCCUGCCAUUUAGAGCAUGUCUUCACUGAUUAUUAGUUAUUUUCAGUGUUUCUCGCUUUUUGGAGUACCUUGUUGGUCAGCUCUGAAAUAGCCAUUAUUAUUUCUACAUUUUCAGGAAAAUAGUAGUGAUAGUGCAGUUUAGUUGCUCAAUCUCAUUGCUGGCAG